AAAGGGAAACUACGCCGAGCGCGUCGGAGCCGGAGCACCGGUUUACCUGGCCGCCGUCAUGGAGUACUUGGCAGCUGAGGUUUUGGAGUUGGCCGGUAACGCUGCCCGUGACAACAAAAAGUCUCGUAUCAUCCCCAGACAUUUACAAUUGGCCAUCAGAAAUGACGAGGAGUUGAACAAAUUGCUAUCCGGAGUAACAAUCGCUCAAGGUGGUGUGUUGCCCAACAUCCAAGCCGUUCUUUUGCCCAAGAAGACAGAAAAGAAGGCGUAAUUAUAUUCAUCAUCCGACACUCGCUAUACUAAAAAGGCUCUUUUCAGGG